ACCGGAAGAAACCGGCUAAUAUAAACCAGUACAUUGGUUAGGCACACUAACUCGGACGAAUAAUAUAAUCCAAAUAUCCAAACAACAAGAAGUAUUAAAAAAACAUAAAAGAGAGAGAGAUUGGUCGUGUCGUGGCUCGAGGCUCGUCUCCUUUGCGCGUGGAACAAGUACAAUCAUACUUUUGUCGGAAUUCUCGGUAGUGACUCUCCACGAUCUCUCUUUCUCUCUCCUGUAACUCGGAUCACCACAUGACUCCAUCUUCUCCUCCUCCUUCCUUCCCGUUAACACAGAACCAAUCUCCCUAAAGAAUCUCCCCCAACUCGUCAUUGUCUCCUCUCUCUUCCGCUAGAUCCCCCCAAAAAGGCAAAGGCUUUGAGGGAUUGAUUGAUUGAUUAAUGUCUUUGGUAUCGAGUUCCAGAGACAUGGGAGGAGACGACGAAAGCACGUCGAGAACUCAUCGUCACGACGGCACAGACGACGAGGGCGUUGAGUCCUUGGGGAGGCAGAUGAGCGAGUCUUCUAUCUGCGCUACAGAGGAAGAAGAAGAAGACGAUGAUUCCAAGUUGCAUUUGGGUCCUCAGUACACUAUCAAGGAGCAUCUCGAGAAGGAUAAAGAUGAUGAGAGUCUGAGGAAGUGGAAGGAACAGCUUCUUGGAAGUGUUGAUGUCACCAACAUUGGAGAGACUCUUGACCCUGAAGUGAAGAUCAUUAGCCUGGCCAUCUUAUCACCUGGAAGACCUGACAUUGUGCUUAUGGUACCCGAGAAUGGGAAUCCAAAGGGAAUGUGGUUUACUUUGAAAGAAGGGAGCAAGUACUGUUUGAAAUUCACAUUUCAUGUUAACAACAACAUUGUCUCUGGUCUUAGGUACACCAAUACAGUCUGGAAGACAGGUGUUAAAGUGGACAGAACAAAGGAGAUGCUUGGAACUUUUAGUCCUCAGUUGGAGCCAUACAACCACGUGAUGCCUGAAGAGACCACUCCUUCUGGCUUGUUUGCUCGAGGAUCAUAUUCUGCAAGAACUAAGUUUCUUGAUGAUGAUAAUAAGUGCUACUUGGAGAUCAACUACAGCUUCGACAUCCGUAAAGAAUGGCCUGCGGUUUGAAACUCAAGAACUUGAGAUGAUGUGUUUUCACUUGUCACUAGAAGUUGUGUUUGUUUCACUCUUUUCUCACCGUUGAACAUAUUAUUGUUUUUUUUUUUCUUUCUAAAUCAUCAUGGUAGAACAAGAGCGACAUUUACUUCCUCUUUGAUCUUGAUUUUUGUCCAGUAAUCUCGUUUGGUGUUUGUUCUCAA